AUGCAAAUUUAUAAAAUUGUCGUCCUCGGCGACAGCGACACUGGAAAGACUGCGCUAACUAUGCAAAAUUACGAUCCAACAAUAGAAUCUUCAUAUCGUAAACAGACUGUCAUUGAUGGUCAUGCAUGUAUGAUUGAAGUAUUAGACACGGCUGGACAAGAUUGCGAGGGUGUCGUUCUUUUAUAUUCGAUUUCAUCAAGACCUACAUUUGAAAGAGUAUAUAGAUAUUAUGAUCAAGUCUUAAGGGUCAAAGAUACGGAAAGUGUCCCUAUGAUUCUUGUUGGUAACAAAAGUGAUAGGCUUAAUGAAAGAGAAAUUUCAAAAGAAGAAGGAAUGGGAAUGGCAAGACGAUUAAAGUGUGAUUUCAUCGAAGCAUCUUCGAGGACUGGUAUAAAUGUGGAUCGGAAAGAACUUCAAGAGGAAAAAAAUUGCUAA